GUGAACUGCUGCUUUGUGAAGCAAGCACAGUAUACAAGUAUAUCCAAGAAGAUGGGUCAAAUCGUGGCACCUAUGGGAAACUUGUGUGCACAAACUUCAAGAUUUCUUUCCUGGAUGACGAUUCAGCUUCAGAUGAUAAUGAGCCACAAUUUAAAAAUAAGAUCGUAGGAGAAAAUGACAUAAGCCUGCAGUGCGUAGAUCAAAUCUAUGGAGUUUAUGAUGAGAAAAAGAAACUUCUAACUGGGCAACUGAAAAAAUAUCCAGAGAACUUAAUUAUCUACUGUAAAGACCUCAGAGUAUUUAAUUUCUGCCUGAGAUACACAAAAGAAGAGGAAGUGAAAAGAAUCGUCAGUGGUAUAGUUCAUCAUAGCCAGACUCCUAAGCUGCUUAAACGUUUGUUUCUGUUCUCUUAUGCAUCAGCUGCCCCAAACAACUCAGCUGAUGGAAGAAACCAAACUGUGAUGUUUGAGACACUUGAGGACUGGCGUGAUGAGUUGGAGCGGACUAAAGGGAACAUGAAAUACAAAGCAGUGACCACCAAUGAAGGCUACAGAGUCUCUGAAAAGCUGCCUUUGUAUUUUGUUGUUCCCAUAUGUAUUUGGUGUUGGUCUUGCCAUAAUGGUGCUGCUCUUCUCAAAAUGUCUGCUUUUCCCAAAGAACAGGAUGACAGCACUGCACAAACGCAAAAAGCCUUCUUGGAUGGAAUCUAUAAGACAAUUAGCAAACCUCCCUAUGAACUCCUGAGGACAGAUGACUUGUCAAGCAGCCUUCCAUCUCUGCAAGAUAUCCAGACUGCAUACACGAGAUUUAAACAGCUGUUUUUGAUAGAUAACAGUACAGACUUCUGGGCAACUGAUGUGAAAUGGUUUUCAUUACUGGAGAGCACAAAUUGGCUAGAGAUAAUCAGGCGAGUCUUGAAGAAAGCAAUAGAAGUUGCUGAGUGUCUGGAAAGACAGCAUACAAAUGUUCUCCUUAUAGAAGAGAGUGCUACUGAUCUGUGCUGUGUAAUCUCUAGUCUGGUUCAAGUGAUGAUGGAUUCAUACAGCAGAACAAAGUCAGGGUUUCAGAGCCUAAUUCAGAAGGAGUGGGUAAUUGGAGGACAUUGCUUUUUGGAUCGUUGUAACCACUUACACAGAAGUGAAAAAGAGGAGGCUCCUGUUUUUCUGCUCCUGCUAAAUUGUGUCUGGCAGUUGGUACAACAGUAUCCUCCAGCAUUUGAGUUCACAGAAACUUACUUGACUGUCUUGUCAGACAGCCUCUAUGUGCCUAUUUUUAGCACUUUCUUCUUCAACUCACAACAUCAAAGAGACACUAGCGCGAGUGGUGAAAGCCUCAAGACACAAAGUGGUCCUUUCAGAUUUCUGACUGUGUGGGACUGGUCUGUGCAGUUUGACCCCAGGGCCCAGGCUUUUCUGAACAACCCUUUUUAUGCAGAGAAACCAAAACCAGAUAAAAGUCAACGGAAAACUCCACGAUUCAAACAUCAGCGGCAGCUUUCUUUGCCAUUGACGCCAGCUAAACCUUCCUCAAAGAGAGGAUUUUUCAGGGAGGAAACAGAUCAUUUAAUUAAAAACAUUCUGGGUAAAAGAAUUGGCAAGUUCAUAAAUUCUUCAGAUGAACCUCCUAAUAGCUUGAGGGAGUUCUAUGAUAGCUGGCAUAGCAAACCUGUUGACUAUCAUGGUCUUCUGUUACCUCGCAUUGAUGGCCCUGAAAUCAAAGUCUGGGCACAGCGCUAUUUGCGAUGGAUUCCUGAAGCCCAGCUUCAUGGUGGUGGUACCAUAGCUACAGCUGCCAAGAUUUUGGACUUGAUGGAGGAAGUGCAAAGUUUGCAGGAGAAGAUGGAUGAAGAACAUAGUCAAGCUGUUUCUGGAGAUGUACAUUCUGUUACCACACUGAGAAAUUCUGCCCGUUUGUCAUCCUUGUUUCCAUUUGCUUUACUUCAGAGACAGUCUGUCAAACCAGCUUUACCCACUAGCACCUGGAAAGACUUGGAAGAUGAAGAUGACUUGGUCAAGAGGGAUGAUGAAUUUGUUGAUCUAAGUGGGGAUAUGUUAUAAUGUGUACGUAAAGUACAGUAUGGAUUGUGUGUGGCUAAGCUCGGAGUU